AUGUUCUUGCGCCUGCGCAGUUGGGCAUAUUUCCGCGUUUUUUCUGUCGCAAUUACUUACUUCCGUCUCUCGAUUUUCGUCUUCCUCUUUUCUCUUCACAUUUUUAUUUUUAUUUUUCUCCCAUUUAUUCACAACUUUCUUCUGUUUCUUCUUUUUCUUCUUGUUUAUAAUCUUUAUUCUCUAUCUUCUUCUUUACUCCAUCACUACAUAUCGUUCUUUUCACUCAAUCUGUUCCGGACAUAUUUUCUUUUCUUUUUCUUUUUUCCUCUCUCUCUCGUUCGCUCACCCACUUUUUCUUCACUCACAAUCUCUUGUUCUUCUUCUGCUUCACUUACAUUUUUUAUUCACUCCCUAACUCAUUCACUGCUAUUAGUUUUCAUUCAUUCAUUCAUUCCUCUCUCACUCUCAAUCAAUUCUUCAAUCCCUCUCUCUUUUUCGCUCAAUCAAACACUCUCUUAUUCUUCUCUGUCGUCUUCAUUCAUCACUCAUUCAUUACUCACGAACAUCUUUUCUCUUUUAUUUAUUCUUUUCUUCUGCACCUGUAACCUCAACCAUCUUUUCCAUUUUCUUUCUUUCUUUCUUUCUUUCUUUCUUUGUCUUUUCUCUUUUAUCUAG